UAGUUCAGUCGCUGGCACCACGCGGAGCGGUCGUGUGUUCCCGAGAAAACCGAACAUAGCGUAAAUUUUUAAUACCCAGCCAAAUCUGAAGGCGUAAAAACCGAAACUUCUUAAUCCCACGUUCCGGUUUUUCCGUAAUUUCGUGUAGUGAUGUGUCAAUAAAUGGAUGUUCAGCAUAAAUGUGAACAAUUCGUGGAGAUUUUUUUGUUGUUGUGUUGAAUUUAAUAAGUUUUUUUGAAGUGAACGCGUGCUACGUUCGAGCGGUCGUCGUGAAAAUUAUUUCGAGAGAAGCGGCAUGGCAUGAGCGGUGGGGUGGGCGCGACAUGCGGCGCGCGCCGCCCGCGCAACCCGCCGCCGUCGCACUCGCGCUCUCGUUGCUGUUGCGUCUCGUGAACGCCGGAUCAAUGGGCCCCGGAGUGCCUGAGAACAUUACCGUGACUUUCCUGAACCCCACCACGGUGAGGGUUUCCUGGUCCACCACGGCAGACCUCGUGGAGAAAUAUGACGUCACAUACAAGCCUUCCGACGCGAGUUACAGAGUCGUGCUGGAAGUGGCUGGUAACUCGGACGCAGUAAUACUGAGCGGGUUGGAAGCAGACACGCAGUACCAAGUCACUGUCGCCGCGCUUUGGGGCGGCCAUAAGUACAGAAGUAGACCCAUUGUCUUCCGUACGCUGGAGCCCCCGCGGACGUCUCCGCAGCAGGACGGUGGGCUGGUUGGAGCUACGCCCCGGUCGUCCGUCUCUCCGCCUGAUCCCUCGCCCACGUUUCCUACGAUACGAGGCGUAGAGAUUGGCAUAGUAGUAUUGGUGCUAAUCGUAUGGAUUGGGGCGAUCGCACUGUUCUUCAAUAGAUGGGGCAAGAUCAGGAUGUUGCUGCCAUAUCAGCCUGACUACAAACAGGAACAAUUGAAGGUGCCAGGAAGCAGUGCGUUAGCAGCUGCAGCGGCUGGAGGCACAUGUGGAGCUCAUUCAGCACCAUCUGCGUGUUCGGAAGAUGCUGCUACCCAUCCGUCUGAUAUAUUUAUUCAGAGACCUACUGAGGCAUCCAGCGAAACGAAUGUGGUGGCCCUAUUUUCUACCGAGAGCUAUUCAGCAAAGCACAUGCGGUGGUCACACACGCACACACAGAGCUUGGAGUGUGAGGAGCGGUUAUUGGCUCGAUGCAGUCGUCCUCGGGUCAAUUCGGCAAUUUUCGUGUCAGCCGAGCCUGCAGGCGGUUUCCCAGGCUUCGAUGCUGGCGAGUUUCUGAGACGACAUGGGUCUCAGUCGAAACUUUGUCGUAAAGCUAGAUCCGCAGACAACAUACCUUUAACAGCAUUAAGCGACUCAUCCGAGAGACUUUGCAAAGGCAAACAUCCAAGAGAGGACACAAUCAACGAAGAAGCCAAAUCUGAUGACAGUAUCAGUGGAAGCGUGGAGACUGUCAAACAUUUCGGUCUACCAAUCCUCUCAGUAUCUGGUCCGUCACCCCCAGAUGAAGACUACGACCAGAUAGAUGAGUAUCUGUAGCAUUUCCAUACCAGUUUCCAGCUGAAAUACGUGCUGGAAAAGGUUAGGCCGCCUUGGCCCAGCCCCGCACAAAGUCCCUAAGCAGACGACUAGUAUAGCUUCACUGCACUGGACUACUAUAAACCUUUUCUGUUUGUGAUAGUGUGUGUUUUUGAAUGGCUGGUUCAGACUCUGCGGCGUCACAACGAAGACUAUCCGCUGAAGUUCUUAUUGUGUGUCUUGAUGAGGGACCAUGGCAUAGCGUGGUGUGUUUCCUUUAAUCCUAACAUUGAUAUUUUUGUAUCUAAUCUCCUGUGUCUAUUGAGUGUUAAGUAAUCGAUUAGACUUUUAAAUCACCUUGAUAGCGUAAGGACUGCACAAUAACUUUACUAAUUAUACUAAUAUUAUUAACAGUGCCACUUUUAACUUUAUUGGAAGUGUCUAUAACAUUAUUAUAAGCAAUCUUGAUAUAAGUAUUACCUAAAUUAUCUUGUAUAAAAUAAUAAUCUGCAGUGUCUUAGACUUUUUCAUUUAAUUUAGUUGCUAGUUCACUGUGAGUAUAAUUAUAAUGCGUAUAAAAUUUUGUAUCGCAUGUAGGUAUGGGAAGAUUUUGCAUGUAUUUAGUAUAAUUAUGUAGCGGUAGAAUCUAUGAAAUGAUUUGAAGGUUGAACUUUGGUCCAAUGAAAUGUAUUAUCUGCACAUGGUGUGUUAGAAUGUAAGGUUGUAUUGGUAAGGGGAUUCUGUGUGAUGGGAAGUCAUUGUAGAGCUCUGUAAAAUAAUAUAAAUGUGUGUAACAUACUAUAUCGUACAUCUAGAUUUUAAUAUUAUCUUAUCCUUCAACUUUGUCUACCUUUCUUUUUUCUCCUUUUCAUAUUUCAAAACGAAAAUUACCCUGUAAUACUUUGUGUAUUUUCCUAGAAUUAUUUGAAUUCUUUUUCGAAUCAUGAAAUCACAGAAUAUUUUGGACAUGUCAAUUAGAUCUCGAUAAUUAUUAUUAUUUGGUAAACAUUAAUUCAUGAUUUUGUAAAUAAUUAGGUACGUUGAAGGCACUAAUUAUUAUUAAAGAAAUUAAUAUACUUAGUCUAUAUUUCUAUACUAAUAAAAACUGUUGGUUUUCUAAUUGUAUGAAUCUGAACUGGUGAUUAGGGACCAGAUGGACAGGACAUGUCACAGUAGGCCUUAAAUCCAAAUCACGGAGUUUUUCCAAAAUCCUAUAAUAAUAUUUUGAAAUUAAUAAUACCUAUUUCGAAGCUAAGACUAUAUUAUUCCCUCCACUAUGUAUAGACUAUCCUUCAUCAAUUUUCAUAGUAGUAUGAUGCACAUGACUUAAGUGUUAUAUUUCCCGGUGUGAAUAAUGGCUAGAUUUUGAUAUUAUAGAAAUUAGUUUUGUUCACUGUGUACUUGUGUAUUUUCCCAUUUAAUUAUCACAUAUAACUUGACAAAAAAGGGUACGCGGUGACAACUAGAACUAUAUAAUAUUAACUUGGACUGAAUCACUCACUUCGGACCAUGUCACAAGAAUAAAGAAUCAUCCGAACAUAAUACGUACUCUUUUUAAACUCGAUAAUAAUGUCAAAUCUGGGUGCGUCGUAGUGUACAGGUAUAAUAAUAGUAACCUGAUUUAUUCCAAUUCUUUCUGGCAAGCUCUAAAUUCCUUGUUUCGUUCCUUAGUUAACUGUCUACCAAGAAGACAUGAUUAAAACAAAAUACUACCUACCAUUUACGUAUCACACAACAGCCUAUAAGUGGCUACUGCUGACCAAAGGCCUCUUCUCACACAAAGAUUUGAGCAUUAAUCACCAUGUGUAAAUGCAGAUUGGAACCGUAUAUUGAUGACAAAUAUUUAGAACAUAGAUAAUGCGCGAAUUUACCCUCACCACGUGAAAAUCUGGUCAUCAUUUGUGCCGGGAAUUUCAUAAAUUUAAUUUUAUUUACUCAUCUAACAAUUCUUUUUGUUCGUUCUAAAUGUAGAUCCACAUCGCGGAACUCCGUUUCAAGCGCUUUAGACAUUAGUAAAUAAAAAUUAAAUAGUUACGCCAUUUUGAAAGUAUCUUCAUCUCAUAUAGCUGUAAAACCCUUCCGAAGAUCAGUUUCAAUAAUCGAUAUAUUUAAUAGAAUAGUUAAUAAUAUAGUCGUCAAUUUUAAUCCCAAAUCGUAGAUACACAUGAAUAUUGUACUUUUUGAUUGAUAGAUUUAGUAGAAUAAUUAUUAUAGAAUAAUUAUUAGUGUACAGACCUUAUUUCCUAUGGUUUCUGUAAGAAUCAAUUUGUAGUCGAUAUGGUAAGAAAGAUAGAUAACGAAAUCUCGUAUUUACAAAAACUUAUCAUAAUAGAUAAUGAAAUACGAAAAAUACUUAGAAUUAAAAAGAUAUUCCUAGUUUAUUAAAACAUAGUACACUUUAAAAUUAAUAAUGAAAUAUUUUGAAUCGAUUGCUGUUCUAAAAACCAUAUCGCAAAUCGAUUUUUGUGUGUAAAUUUAGAGUGAAUAAUAUGAACAUUGUUUUUGUCAAUUCUGAAUCGUUUUAAAAACUGAAUUUAAUCUAAUAAUGUUUUUUAUUAAAAUCUGCGUAUGAUUGAAGUUGUCUUGUGCCAAUCUUGAUGUUUCUCUAUUCCUUUAUUCUUUUAUCUAUUAAAUUUUAAUUCAAAUAUUCGCUAAAUUUAAAUGAGAUAUAAUUUUUAACCUUAUUUAUGUACGUUUUUUGUCAUUGUUUGGUAUAAAUUGAUACUAUUUUUUGUUAAUUUUCUCAAUUCGACAAUGUUCUAAAAUUAUAAUAUUUAAAGCUAAAGGUUUAGAUGUUACACCAUUAAAAUUAUUUUGUAAUUUUAAAUUAUAGUGUAGCUUUUACAUGAUAUUAGAAUGCAUACCAUAUUUAGAAUUUUAUUAAUUAAAGUUGUACAUAUCUCUGAAUGAUCACUAUUGUUAUAAUUAUAAAUGCUCAUAAUUUUAAUGUACAUUAUAAUGGUCUAUUAUGUAUAUUGUACAAUUACUAUUUACAUCCCUACGUCUAUUUACUAUCACGAUGAAAUAAAAUUUUAAAAAUCUUAGCGCUCGUUUUUUUACCGAUUCAUUUUAGUUCAUCAAAAAACAUAACAUUCCUAGAAAUACUACUAGUUAUUAUCAGUUGGAAACUGCUGUAAGAUUUAAUUAUUUAUUGUGUAUACAUAUCUAUUACUCUACAAUAUAAGGAU